AUGGAGAAUGAAUCUUCUGAAUCAUUUGCAAUGAAGGGAGGAGAUGGUCCAUCCAGUUAUGCUCAAAACUCGACUUUUCAGAGACAGUUAAUUGAUGAAGGCAAAAGCCUCUUGCAUAGUGCAGUAGCGGACAAGUUUGACUCGAAAGGCAUUUGUGUUUCAUCUGCAAAUCCAAUUUGCAUAGCAGACUUAGGUUGCUCCAUUGGGCCUAACACCUUCAUUGCAGUACAAAACAUUUUAGAAGCAAUACAACUCCAGUACCAAUCUCAAAAUCAAACUACCCCAGAGUUUCUAGUUUUCUUCAAUGACCAAGUGUCAAAUGAUUUCAAUACCCUCUUUCAGAAACUUCCUCCCAAUAAAAAUUACUUUGCAGCUGGAGUUCCUGGCUCUUUCUACGGACGCUUAUUUCCAAGGCAGAGCUUACAUGUAGUUCAUUCAUCCUCAGCACUGCCUUGGCUAUCUAAGUUGCCUAGAGAGCUUACAGACAAAAACUGUGGUGCUUUCAACAAGGGAAGAAUUUACUAUACUAAUGCUCCAAGUGAAGUUCAAGAAGCUUAUAAGAGUCAGUUUAUGAUGGAUUUGGAGAUAUUUCUGCAUGCUAGAGCACAAGAGCUUGUGGGCAAUGGAUUAAUGGCAAUUAUGACUUAUGCUGCUUAUGAUGUAAUUGAUUUUAGUACAGAUUUGUAUGCUGGGAAAAGCAUUGAACUCUUGGGAAGCUGUCUACUGGACAUGGCCAAAUUGGGACUAAUAAGUGAAGAAAAAGUGGACACUUUCAAUGUGCCCACAUAUUUCCCACGCUUGGAGGAUCUGAAGAAAAUACUUGAAAGUAAUGAAGAUUUCAGCCUCGAGAAAAUGGUCACAUUGGAUCAGACAUCCUUUGUUAUACCAAAUAUAGAAGCGUUUGUUUCUACAGGAAGGGCUGUGUGGGAAGUUCUGAUUGAGAAGCAUUUUGGAGAUGGAAUUGUUGAUGAGCUCUUUGAUCGUUAUGCAAAAAAAAUUAUGGAAUUCCCAGAAAUCAUUGAUUAUCAUAGGGUUAAACAACAUCAAGUUUUUAUUCUUCUUAAGCGAAAGAUGGAUCGAAUUAUUGUCUCUGGAAAGCAUGCAUGGGUUAUCAAAUUUCCUAUUCGUGAAGGUUCUGAGACUGGGGAACUAUUGACUGAGGAAUUCAAAGCCAUACCAAUUUGGCCUUAUGCUUUGGAAGUGGCAUCUAUGGAGGUUGGAGGGAAUAUGCUGGAUGCUGUUGAUGCUUCAUGUGAUUUGAAGCAGGAUUGGAAUGGUAAGGAAGUGGAUUGUGAUAAUGGGUGA